UUUUUUCCCUCUGGCGUCCGUGUUCUCGGCUCCACCAAGAUUUUCAUGGGAACAGUUCAGCCGCUGCAGAUAAUAAUGCAAGCACAUUUUCUUUUUCUCUUCCAUUCUGUCAUUCUUAUCAUUCCAUUCUUCAUCACCUCGGACUGAAAGCUGUGCCGUGGGUGCACCCCUGUCUCAUCCCUGGUUCCUGUUGCUAUAUCCCGCUCCAGUGCCUUUACAGCCGGAUAGUUGGAUGGGCUUCAUCUUGUUUAUCUAAAUAAAUAAUACAUUUGAAAUAAAUACCAGUCAUGGCACCCACAACAGACGCUGACGGGUCGGAGGACGUCAAUGACUUCCUCCUCCGCAUUCGAGAGCUGGGAGAGAAACGCGACAAGGAGGACGAGGAACGCACCAGAAAGCUGGAAGAGGAGAUCCUGCAGGGGCGGAAAGAAAGACAGGCUCGGAGAGCUGAGCGGGCUCAGUCCAUCUCCCCCACCAAAGAUUCACCCUUGUCAGAACGGCUGAGCCGCGCACUUGGCGAUCGCCCCCUCGAUCCUCCAAAACAACUCGAACCAUCCUCCCAGUUCUCAGAAUCCGAGCCAUCCAGUCCCUCGCGUACCGCGAAGAACGACGACGAGUCACCGACCUCGGAACGCAAGUCUGCAGUCUCAUCCUCAGAUGCGACUGAAAUGAAACCGUCUUCCCCCCCGACCUUUCGGACUUCUGCCGUCAGCAGAAGCGGGACUUUGUCCUGGCAGCAGCGUCCGUCGUCUCGAGACUUGGGCUCUAGCAGACCAGUCUUUCCUAAUUUUGCCCGUCCUGAUUCUGCGAAGACUGUGUCGACGACGCCAACGGAUGACCAGGAGCCAGACCGAAGUCAAAUCGCGCUCUCCCUUGCUUCAAAGGAUCCCUCCUGGUUUCGUCAAACCCCAGAUCGAGGAAUUGGCUCGCCUGCACUACGAAAAGAUACCGAGAUUACCGGAGCAGGUGUUACGUCUUUGAACAAGAAGCAGCAAUUGCCAGGAAUGGAUCGGGAGACUACUACGGAUCCGGAGAAGCCAGGUAAUCAGGAUGCAGGGGUGGUGAGGUCGUCGGUACCUUCAAGGGCCAGCUCAACCUUUGGGAAUGAGAGUUUGGGCAAUCGAUACUCCAGUAUUUCCCCUGCUUCCCCUGCCUCCGCGCUGGGCUCUCCCGUCCCUGUGUCAGCAUCCCAGAAACUUGAGCCUCGGAAGGAUGAGCCGCUGUUGGAAGAGCAAUCAACACACCCACCUUCCCAAAGGCGACUUUCCCCAGAACGCUCUACGUCCCCAACCAAAGGGCUAGGCGGAUUCGUUCAAAGUGCCAUGAUGAAGCGAUCAGACAGCGUUUCAAAGCGGUGGAGCGCGCAAGCUUCUCCCAGACGUAGUCGGACAAACUCAAUCGCCAGCAACCGCAACAGUGUUGCAGUUUCUUCCUUCGGUGAUCUGUCCUCAGGUGUAGGCUGGAAGUCGUCUCUCGAGAUCCGUCCCCCCACCACUUCGAGACCUGGAUCGAGCCACAGCGAAGCGAAUGUCCACGCGAAAGACGAUGAACGACCUGCCACACCGCCUGCAUCUAACAAUGCGCGGCCGAACUCAUCUCUCGCACACGUGCGACCUUCCAGUGCUUUGAGCAACCAUGAUCAGGAAACCGAGUCUAAGCCGCAAACACCAACAAGUCCUUUCGUGUCCAAGACAAUGGACUCCAAGCGGUGGAGUCCCACCAAAGCUACCUGGCUGGAGAGCGCUCUAAAUCGACCGGAAUCUCCACGCCAGAAGAAGGCCCCGCAACAACCUAAUUGGAUGAGGGAUAGACAGGCAAGAGGCAGUGUUGAUCUAGGGCGUUCCAACAGUUUCAAAGAAGUCACCCCUGUGGGCCUUAUGCGGUCCCCGGCUCCUGGGUCUCAUUACAAGAAACCAAGCGCCUCUGGAGUCUCGGAUGUAAUCAGCACCCCGGAAACGAGGAAGGCCAACGAGAAGGAAUCAGAUCCGAAGCUCAAUAUCAAGGGCAGCGAUGCAUCACCCCCUGUAGAGGGUAGUAUGGAUGGUGGCCAUGCGCCAGAUAAGGAAGAGCCGCAGGUGGAAUCGAAACCCGGAAAUACUUUGAAUGAUAACACGGGCGUCAAACGAUCGCCACCCUCAGUCGCACCGAAGCCCAAUAUUACCCUUCCCUCUGGGCCGCCCCGAGAUCCUCUCUUGACAAGACCGAAGCCACAGUCCCCUGUAAUAGAUUUCCGGGCCAACCUUAGACGGCGGGAAACGGUCAGAGAGACUACCCAGCAAGAGGAGCCAGAGUUCAAAAAUGUCUUUGGAAAACUGAGGAGAGCAGAAACGACAAGUUAUGUACCCCAAGAUGAGUUAAAGAAGAACAUCCUGAAAGGAAAAGCUGCGCUCCAUGCAACCAGCGGACCUAAGAAGUCGCAAAGAGUGGAUGAAUUGAAGGAAAAUAUCCUAAAGCAGAAGGAAGCCAUCAAGGCUGCUGGUGGGUCUUUGAGGGGUAACACCGCCGAAGACCACGAUGCCCUUGAGAAGCCACCAGUCCCGGAGGCAAUUGCCAGGCGUAAUAACCUAUCCAGAUCCGACAGUCUGAAGAGCAAUCGCUCUGACGGCUUGUCUCCAGUGCCUCCCAAGGCUGCCAAACCCCCUCCAAGUCUUCUCGGGAAAAAGCCGCCAUCUCCCAGACCCAGUGAAGACUCUGUGCCUCAGCCCCCAGCAGUUGGAGGGUCGAAAAAUGAGGACUCUCGCUCCGAUAUGACUGGCUUGGAUUUUGUUGAUAGAGAAGCCAGCGAUGAUGGCAAGAAUGAGACCUUGGUGAUUGAACCAAAACAGGACGAAGACAUUGGAACGCCGCAGAAGUUGACUGAGAAGACCAUCAAACCGGUUCGUCCUUUACCAUCGACAAAAGCAGUUCCAGUCGCUCAUGCGACUGCUGCAUCUGAAGGUCUCGUCACUAAAGGGAAGCUCGCAGGACGAAUAAACCCUGCCCUAGCCGGUCUCUUGUCACGCGGCCCACCAGUAGCAAGUGGAGCAUCGAGUAGUCCGCCAGCAGCAAGCAUUUCCCAAGAAGUGAACUCAGUUACACCUACCCAGUCUGCCGAGUCUCAAACGCCUACAUCUCUUACUCAUAUGACUAAGCGUCGUGCAAGGGGGCCCAAGAGGCGCCUGCCGAAGAAUACUACCAUCGAAUCGGCGCCUAAGGUCCAGAACAAAGCCCCGUCGUAUCGAUCAGCGCCUUCGCUGGAAGUAAAGAAAACGCGGGCAGGUAUUCCCGUCACUCAAAGUGCCAGCACUCCACCGCUUUUUAAUGUCCAACAAAAACAAGACGAAGGAACUUCACAGGGGCAGUUAAAACCCAGGGUUGCUAGCAAGCCAACAGGGUUAGGAAAGAAUCGUCAAGCUUCGUAUGAUGAAGGUGACAAGAAAUUACAAAGCGUUUCCGCUACGGCUAACGCUCCUACCCAAAGUCAUGAUUCCCAAAACGCUGAGAAUGCUGAAAGUACAUCUUCAAACAAACCAGCCUUGCGGCCAAAGCCAGCAACAUCUAUUUCAGCCUCUUUUAUUGCAUCUAGGCAAGUAUCUCAAUCCUCAAAUGACCACGAUUCCGAGGCGAAGCUCAAAGAUACUGCACCUCGAGUUGAUCUAGAUCUCGACAAGCUUCCUUCUCGACAGAUUUCAAGUAUAUCUCGGGAGGCUGAGAAUAAAAGAAAUGUCACACCCCCUGGAAAGCCGGUCUUGCCGCCUAAACCGUCCAGAACCCCAUCUCCAUUUUCUCUACAAAAAGAAGCCUCCCUGCAUCCUUCUCUGCCUCCGCUUAGGACCAGUUUGAAAGAGAAUAGGAUGGAUUCUCCUUCAGACUCCCAGCCGAAACUCGGGCACGGCUUCGAAAAGAAUGGGAUAAGAAACAUAUCGCCUCUGAACAAGACCUUACCACCUCCACCUAUUGCCCAAAAGACGUCUGGUAUCUCUUUGGGGGAGUCUUCGAUUAAACCAAAGCCUCCACCAAAGUCAUCUUCCCUCUCACCUGUUCCACGGACUGGAGAGGCAGCAGAAGUAAUAUCGAACUUCUUUGAAACCUUUCCAAAGUCCAGCGACAGAGUAGAUAUCGAUCCCCAAUUUAUCCUGGAGAAUAAGAUGCAAGACUUGAAGAUAAGGACAUUGAAAAUGCAGAUUUGGGAGAUCACUGGUGACGGAAAGAGACAAGAUCUUCCUACUAACCAAGAAUACAUUCUUUACGAGGGAAGUAUGUACCUGUGCCUGCAUGUGUUUGAAUCUGAUGGCAGCACACGGUCUGAAAUACAUCUUUGGCAUGGCGAUGGUGUUGGAGAAGCGGCUUUGGAGGAUGCCCAACUUUUUGCCCGAAAAAUUGCACGCGAGAACGGUUGCAAGCUUGAGCUUACAAGGCAAGGCAAAGAAACUGCGCGUUUCAUACAAGCUCUGGGCGGAAUCAUAGUCACACGUCGUGGGUCAAGCUCGCGCUCCAGCUCCUCAGCUUUGUACAUGCUCUGUGGCCGAAAGCAUUUGAAGCAGAUGGCAUUUGAUGAGGUCGACUUCUCUCGCCGCAGUCUGUGCUCAGGCUACCCGUUCGUGUUAUCCGCCAGAUUUGGGAAGGUGUAUCUAUGGAAGGGGAGAGGAAGCGGAGCAGAGGAAGUUGGUGCUGCUCGACUCAUCGGGAUGGACCUUGGAUUGACGGGUGAUUUUGAAGAAGUUGUCGAAGGGGAGGAGCCAGAGGGCUUCUUUGAAAAUUUCUCGGAUAACAAGGACAGUGAAGCUUAUAUGCGUUCGGAACACUGGCGGCUGAAGCCUAGUCAUCCUCAUUUCAAUUGCAGGCUCUUGCGGUUAGACCAUGAACUCGGCCAGCGAUCAGGAUUCUGGAUUCGACGAUCAGGGUCUUCCUCACCUGUCAUCCGGCCGAAUGACACGGUCCAGGAGAUCGAACCUUUUUGCUUCAAGGACAUCACAAUGAGGGAUAUUUAUGUCCUCGACGCUUUCUUUGAGAUCUAUGUGAUCAUUGGUGAGCAAGCUUCGAAUCGGCCUGCGGAGUUCGCAUCGGCGGUCGUUUUUGCACACGAAUAUGGAAUUCUUGCUGCGUCUCUUCAGGACAGACCAUUCAUUCCAAAGAGCUUUGUGUCCAUCGGUGGAAUCCCGGAUUCGUGCCGAAGUGCUUUCCGCAAGUGGGAUAAGCACCCUUGGCAGUCUGUCCCCAAGGUGCUUCCUUUGAAUGCCGCCAUUGAAGCCAUUCGGUACUGA